UGACCAUGAGGGCCUAGACCGACGCCGCCCGCACCCAGCCUGGGGAGUCCAACACCGAGGUCUGGCUGGACGAGGAGCUCUGGGUGGAGUUGAAGACCGACGGGCUGGAUGAAGAGCUGAUCUCCGUGGUGACCGAUUCCCGCUGGGCGGCCAAUCAGGAGUCAGACAGCGGGAGCCUGAGAUAUGACCUGAUCAGGAACGGCUGUGCCAACCCUGCCGACCCGACUGUGACGGUGGAAGGGAACGGCGAGGGAACCUCCACCCUCUUCUCCUUCAACAUGUUCCAGUUCUCUGGGCGAUCCGGGAACGUCUUCAUGCACUGCAAGCUGCAGUCUGCAUCGAGGAGGGGAACGGCUGCAUCCUGAAAUAUAACAGAUCUUGGAGACGCAGAUCCACCAGGUCCAGAUCCGGAACCACGGCUCACAUCAGCAUGGUUUGGACCAACUAGGUGGACCAGGGUUCUGAUGGGACCAUUGUUCUGAUGGGACCAUGGUUCUGAUGGGUUGAAGGUUCUGAUUGGACCAGGGUUCUGAUUGGACCAUGGUUCUGAUGGGACCAGGGUUCUGAUUGGACCAUGGUUCUGACGGGACCAUGGUUCUGGUUCUGAUCCAGUCUGGGUGUGUUGCAGCGGUUUGGGUCAGGUGGUUUUGUAGAGGAAUGCGGUGAAGGGAGGCCCGGUGGGUCGAGGCCCGGCGGGUCGAGGCUUUGGGUUCAGGUUCUGAUCAUUUAUGGGUUUAAAUCAUUUAGUUUAUUAAUAUUUGGGUUGCAGGGAAAAAGUUUCUGGUUUGAGGCUGAAACUGUUCGUGGUGCGAUUAUUAAUGUCUGAUUCAUAGAAAUCAUUUAAUAAAAACCUAAAAACUAAAACAAAGUUUCAUUUUCUUUGUUCCUAAAAAUCACAAUUUAUCAGGAAUUUAGAAACUAAUUAAAGAAACAUUGGUAAAACUAACUGUAGGUGUUAGCAGCCAGUGUGUGUGUGUGUGUGUGUUAUUUGCCUAGUUUACCACUAGAGGGCGCGGCUGAGGCAGCAGCUGACAGGAAGUCAGAAUAUGAAUAUUAUUUUAAAACCAGAUAUGAGGAAACGUUGCUGGAGUCUCAGGCUGAACGACAGACUCUGAUUGGUCGACGCUGCUUCUGCUUCCUUUAACUUCAUCAGCCUCGUUACACUCAGAUAAUUCCCAGUAAGCCAAUCAAAGCUGCCCCCCACCGUGUGUGUGUGUGUGUGUGUGUGUGUGUGUGUGUGUGUGUGUUAUUAGAGUCCAGCGCUGACUCAGCAGGAUUUCUCUAAUCCAACCAUCCUCACUUUUUACACCUCCUCUCCUUCUCUCCUUCUCUCCUCCCUUCCUCUCCUCUCUCUCGCUUUCUGAGAUUCUCUCUUCUUCUGGGUCAUUUUAACUCCAUCAUCAUCAUCAUCAUCAUCAUCAUCAUCUCACUCCUCCACCUGCUGACCGUCUGAUAACAUUCAACUAAUUUAAACACACAGGAAGGUUCUGACCCAGAGCUGCAGCUGCCGACCAGAACCUGGAUCCUGUUUAACCUGCCCAGUGUCCAGGUCCAGUCCCGGUCCAGGUCCAGUCCGUCCCGGUCAAGUCCCGGUCAAGUCCAGGUCCAGUCCCGGUCCAGUCCAGGUCUGUCCAGGUCCAGUCCCGGUCCGGUCCAGUCUCAGACGUAUCAUCCCUGCUAUAAUCCGUUUAUCCCUGUCAGGGUGACAGAGACUCCCUGCAGGAUCGGCUCCUCCUCUCCUUCCUCCUCUCGGGUUUCUCCCAUUUUCUCCUGGUCUCUCCUCUCUGGGUUCCUCCAAGUGUUUAUGAGGUUCUGGUCGGGGGGUCGCCCCGCUGUUUCCAUGGUGAUGUGUUUGGAGGGGAUCUAGGCCACAGAACCCGGGAUUAUCAGCUGACAGACCAACUGCAUCACCAUGGCGAAGGUAGCGCCACUAAUCCCCGGCCCUUCAUCUGGGUUAAACCCUCCCAGCAUCGUACUGCAGGACCUGGAGGAGGGGGCGGAGCCAGGUGACAUCACAGAGGGGCUCAGAAGAUCCCAAAGAGCCGGAGCUGGAGCUCUGUUCAACGUCAACAACAGCAACAACAACGAGGAAGAGGAGGAGGAGGAGAAGAAGAGGAAAAAGAAAGAAAAGAAAGAGAAAAAGGAGAAAAGAGAAAAGGAAAAGCAGGAGAAAAAGGAAAGGAAGGAGCAGAAACAGAAGGAGAAGGAAGAGAAAGAGAAGGAGAAACAGAAAGAGAAGGAGAAGCUGGAGAAAGAGAAGAAAGCCAAAGAGGAGGCGGCGAAAGAGAUCACAGUGAUCGAUCCAGCUGGGAACACGUACUACAACUGGCUCUUCAUCAUCACCAUCCCAGUCAUGUACAACUGGACCCUGAUCAUAGCCAGGGCUUGUUUUGAGGAGCUUCAGACUGACUACCUGAUCAUGUGGUUCAUCGUGGACUUUAUCUGUGACGUCAUUUAUAUCAUGGACAUGGUUUUCAGAACCAGGACAGGUUACCUGGAGCAGGGUUUACUGGUGAAAGACGAGCAGAAACUACGUGAACGUUACAUGAAAACUUUCCAGUUUAAACUGGAUUUGGUCUCCAUGAUUCCCACUGACAUCCUGUACCUGAUUCUUGGUACCACCUACCCUGAGAUCCGCCUCAACAAGCUUCUAAGAUUCAACAGGAUGAUGGAGUUCUUCCAGCGCACUGAGACCAGAACCAAUUACCCCAAUGCUCUACGUAUCUCCAACCUUGUCAUGUACAUUCUCAUCAUCAUCCACUGGAAUGCCUGCCUCUACUAUUCCUUCUCCAAAGCCAUCGGUUUUGGUUCUGACAGGUUCGUGUAUCCCGACCCAACAGAUCCUGAGUUUGGCCGUCUGGUGAGGAAGUACGCCUACAGUAUGUACUGGUCCACGCUAACGCUCACCACCAUUGGAGAAACGCCGCCCCCUGUGGAGAACUCGGAGUACUUCUUCGUUGUGACGGACUUCCUGGUGGGUGUGCUGAUUUUUGCCACCAUUGUCGGUAACGUUGGCUCGAUGAUCACUAACAUGAACGCUGCCAGAGCCGACUUCCAGGCCCGGAUCGACGCCAUCAAGCAGUACAUGAGUUUCCGGAAGGUAACUAAAGACCUGGAAAAGCGAGUGAUUAAGUGGUUUGACUUCCUGUGGACCAAUAAGAAGGCUGUGGAUGAGAGAGAGGUUCUGAAGUACCUUCCUGACAAGCUAAGGGCUGAGAUCGCCAUCAACGUACAUCUGGACACCCUGAAGAAGGUCCGGAUCUUUGCGGACUGCGAGGCUGGUCUGUUGGUGGAGCUGGUGCUGAAGCUGCAGCCGCAGGUCUUCAGUCCAGGAGAUUACAUCUGCAAGAAGGGCGACAUCGGCAGGGAGAUGUACAUCAUCAAGGAAGGGAAACUGGCUGUGGUUGCUGAUGAUGGCAUCACGCAGUUUGUUGUUCUAAGUGAAGGAAGUUACUUUGGGGAGAUCAGUAUCCUGGCUAUCAAAGGUAGUAAGGCAGGAAACAGGAGGACAGCUAACAUCAGGAGCAUCGGGUACUCCGACCUCUUCUGUCUUUCCAAAGACGACCUGAUGGAGGCGCUGACAGAGUAUCCUGAUGCUAAAGCUCUGCUGGAGGAGAAGGGACGGCAGAUUCUGAUGAAGGAUGGCCUGCUGGAUCUGGAGGUGGCAGCCCAGGGCCCAGACCCCAAAGAGAUGGAGGAGAAGGUGGACAGGAUGACGAGCAACCUGGACACGCUGCAGACCCAGUACGCCCGGCUGCUGGCAGAACACGAUGCGACUCACAGCAAACUCAAACACCGAGUCACCCGACUGGAGAAGAAGCUGGCGCCGCCACGGGAGGAUGCACCUGGUGAUGCUCCACCCCCUCCCACACCUGAGACCACCAAAGAAGAAGAGAAGAAAUAAGAAGAUGGUGGAGGACAGAAGAAUUUGAGUUUUAGUUUGAGGAUAGAAGGACUUGAAGGAGACGAGAAAUUAGAUAAAUCCAUAAACUAACGAGAUUCAAAUUAAAGUCAAUAAAUAUGUAAUUAUGGAUCCUUAGAUUUAAAGUCCUCUGAGUUAAUGACUGUACAGUAUUAAUGACCCGGUGCUGGGGACACUGGGAACACUGGGAACACAUCCUGUUGGAAAGGAGACUCAGCGGAUCCUGAAGGACGCAGCAGUUCAGAGUAGAAGGUUUCACCUGCAUGUAGACUUUCUUUCUCAUGUCUGAGAAUAAUUACAACAUAAACUGUUGUAAUUAUUAUGUAACAAAUGUGAAACAAUAACUUACUGUCUGAACGUAAGUUGUCUACGUUCAGACAGGCUGCUAGCUUGUAGCGGAGAAUCUUCACCCUGAGACCCGAAUGCCAGUCGGUCUGAGGUCCAUCCAGAACUGCCUGAGUUCUACCAAACCCUCUAGAUUUCAUGACAUGAAUUCAACCAAAGUCCAUUUUUUCCAGGUAUGAUUUAGUUUCCCAUUUAUCGGCUGCAGAACCAGAGACCGGCAUGUUCCUCCUGACCCAGGCGGAUUCAGAACCAGGUCUUCUGGGCUUUACCCUGAUGCUUUUAAUGAUGCAACAUGUGAUGGAGAAACUGUGCUGAAAUAAAUAUAUUUUAUAAGAAAGUUAA